AUUAUUUCCUCUAGAGCAGAUCUUUCAUCUCGACCACGAUUAUCGAUAUCUCGUGGACCAUACUUCACCCCAUUAAAAGAGGGCUCCGAAUUCUUCAAAACUGACCCGACUGGAAUCAAUCGUGGCCGCUUUCGAUAUACUCCUGCCGGAAUCAAUCCUCCUGGAUGCUAUCAGCCAUGCCACACCAUCGAGACUAAUCCUACCUCGUGUAGGAUUAGCUGGGAGGAUCGCAGUCCUUUUCUCCACGUCACGAAGGACGCCCUGGGGCUUCUUGGAACAAAGGGCUUUAGGAGCGCCCGUUGUAACGCGCCGAUUCGCGAAGGACGUUGGUUCAUGGAAGUGAAGAUUGUGCAUGGCGGGGGUGAACACAGCGUUGAUUCUGGCAGAGAGGGUAGCCAUGUUCGACUCGGUUGGGGAAGGAGGGAGGCACCGUUGAAUGGUCCUGUUGGCCUCGAUGGGUACAGCUAUGGAAUACGCGACAAGACUGGUGAGAAGGUCACAUUGUCCCGCCCACGUCCGUAUGGGCGUUCUUUCACCUCCGGAGAUGUCAUUGGCAUGUAUAUCUGCCUUCCUCCACGCCGGCGAGCGGACGCGAAAGACCCUCACGAUCCUGCUCACAUCAAACGCGAGCGUAUAGCCAUAGAUCUUAAGGGUCAGGAAGUCUUCGAGAUUCUUGAAUAUCCUCAGUCUAAAGAGAUGAUUGCCUUGAUGGAUUAUUCCGGAAAGUUAUCUAACACGACAUCUGUUCCUUCAAGUAGCACCAAAAAGUCCGCUACUACGAAGCCAGAGCGACCCACCGUCACCGUCCAUAAGACCGCUCCUGAAUUGCGGCCGCUUCCGGUCCUAUCGGACUCCAGAAUUGUCUUCUUCAUCAACGGUGAAUGCCAGGGCGCCGCCUUUCAAGACCUCUACGACUACCUUCAGCUUCGCGUUAUUGACCCAUCUCGGAAAGCCAAGGAGAAGAAGCGAGCACGGGAGGGUGUUAAAGAACACCGAGAAAACCCUUUUGAUGAUGGCUCACUAGGGUAUUAUCCAUUCAUAUCCUUAUUCAACAGUGCAUGCGUACGGAUAAAUCCAGGUCCUGAUUUCGAUUGUCCCCCACCACCGGACAUAGAUGCAUUAGUGAACGGCGUAACUCUGCACGAAGGCCAAGAAAGGACAUGGCGCCCAAUUUGCGAACGCUAUAGUGAAUAUAUGGCAGAACAGUGGGCUCUGGAUGAAAGGGAAGAAGAGGAAGGUAAAGUCGAGCUCUUGAAGCUCGCAGAGCAGGAGAGAGAGGACGCUGAGAAGAAAGCGCAGAAAUUACGGAAACGUCAACAGGCAGAGGCUCGCAAGCGUGCGAAGCAAGCG